AUGACUAAACCAGCGAUGGAGCCGCCUCCGGGCAAAGAGUCCAACUUUGACAAUCCGAAUCGAGAGUUGUACUACAUCUGCAUUGCCUCUAAUACGAUUGCAAUGUCUGUAUGUACCAUCUUCGUUUUUCUGCGGUUGUGGGCCCGGUAUAGGCUGGCGAUGAGGCUUCGGCUAGAUGAUAUGUUGAGAUACGGUGGUGGCCUUCACCAAUGGGAUGUCCCAGAGCAUCUAAUAACGCAGUACAACCAGACCGUCUACGCGACCAUGGUCAACUACGGCCCAACUGUCUUUGCCAUCAAAGCAGCCAUUCUUCUCUUCCUCGCCAGCAUCUUCGCCCCAUACAAGACAUAUGUCAAGUGGAUAUACGGCUUCCUCGGGGUCAUGGGUGUCUACUACGUUGCCAUGCUAUUCCUCAAGAUGUUCAUCUGCCGUCCGAUCUCAAUGUUCUGGGGCGCUACCACCGAUGGCGAAUGCUUUAAUCAGCGAGUUCUCAUUCUUGUCGAUAACAUCAUCAGUCUUCUUAGCGAUAUCGUUGUCCUUCUCCUUCCCUGUCCUCUUACCAAGAAACUCCAGGUGGGACUUGUCGCAAAGCUCAAGAUCGUCGCUAUCUUUGGAGUCGGAGGGAUAGCCUGCAUCUUUAGCCUUGUUAGGCUAGUCUUUAUCAUCCAUAAUGGGGAAAGCCCGGAUCAGACAUACGUCUUUCUACAAAUCAACUUGACUGGGGAUAAGCCAGGCUAUUCAUCCAAUUACUCAAGGUCCCAGUUUGAGAUGAUGAGUUCGUCCAAACAGCGAUCGCGAAACACGGGGCACACACCAGAAAGCGUGCACUACAACGAGGACAUGGGAAGUGAUGAGAAUAUUCUCAUACCGAAUGGCAAGUCGUACGUCACCACUAACGUUCGUGCGGGCGAGGGUACUGCUGAGGGAAGCACUGGUAGUAUUGGUAAUGGUAAUGGGGGACACGGAGUAAGCCUUGAUGACUCGCACAUUCUUCGAACAGUUGAGGUGCGUCAGUAUCUUAGACAGGCUUCAUGA